AUGUGUCUUUCUUUGGCAGGACAAAUUGUGUACGGAGCAGUAAUGUUAGUCGCCCUUGGAUUGACCGCAGGAUCAAUGUUUUCGCCUGGCUGGUAUGAAUUAAAUAAAACUGCAAAUAAUAUUACCGACGAUUUGAAAAAUUUUAAAUUUCCCGCCGAGAUUGGUAUAUUUAGUUUUUUAUGCAAAACUGCAACUGAUUACAAUACAACAGUCAAUGCUGACGCAAAUUCUUUUGAUUUUUGUAAAGAGUGGUAUCAACAGUUACCAAGCUGGGAAAAAGCAGUCGUGAUAUUUAUGUGCUUCUCAUUAGCAGGUGAAUUGGUAGCGGUUGUUUGGACAGCAAUUACCAUAUUUGGUUGUUGCUGUAGACAAUUAUUUGCACAAUUAUUACCAGUAUUUGCUCUAGCUGUUACUAUAUUUCUUGCAAUUGCUAUAAUACUUUUCAGAGCCAAUCAGCAAGAUGCAAUAAGUGGCAUUGAUUUCUCUGAUGUACCACAAGAUUGGAAGAUUAGCAUUAACAGUCAGGCAGGUUACAGCUUCUACCUGGCAUGUGGCGCAUUAGCUUUAACUAUUAUGGAUAUUUUUGUUGGUUUAGCAAGCAUAUAUCUUUCAAAAUUUUGCUGCUAA